AUGUCUACGCCUAUCUCCACCACAGUCUUCCUUCUCCAGAUCGCGGACCUUGCGAGCAUUUCUAAAGUCAACAAAGUACCUACUUCAAUUAGCUGCAAGCUCCCAAUCACGUAUAAGAAGGCUCGGAAUUUCGAGGUAUCUGAGUCCCAGAUUAAGCUCAUUGCCCGAGGAAAGGUGGGCACCCAUCCCAGCUCAUUCAGCUCGCGGUACUCCAUAUCAAACACCAUUCGAGUAUGA